AUGGAUGCCUCGUACGACUCGUCGCCAGUCCAAGUCAUUGACAACAUGUCGACCGGCGCUGAAGAUACGUCUGUUGAACGUCCUCGGACACCUGAACCCGUCCAGCGCUCACUACCACAGUUAAGUAAUGACCGGAACCAGCAGCCUUCGCUACAAGAAAUCCUUCAAAUGACGUCUACCACAGUCAGCUUCAUAUCAACCAUUACAACACUCUUCCACGAGAAAGGGGAGCAGAACUCCUGCUUCCGAGAAGAGCUCAGAAGGAAAAUCCUCUUCACCGCGAUGAAUGCACACGCCUGGGCGAGCGCGAGGGUUGUACACGAACACACAAUCGCACGAGACACACUGGAAGCCGGGAUUAAUAAACUUUUAGAAGACGAAAAGGAUCAAGGCAGGUCAUCUCACCCCGUUUUCAGGUCGACGUUUGGUAUGCACGCCAUCUGUAUCACCCCGCUCUAG